AUAAUAUUAAUCUUUUAAGAAAGCCAGUGUAAAAUCUUCAAUCUGAUAAAGAAUAACGUGUUUCUUUUACAGUUUUAGCACUGUUUAAAGGCUUCGAGAAAGGUGAAUUAUAUAUCUUCUUGACAAUUACUGUGUACAAUCUUAAAUGUCUGGUCCAAAGGAUAAGUUGCCUUUUUAUGACCUGUCCGAAAAAGGAGCAUAAUCUCUUCUCACUCAUCAAAAGAAUCGAAGCAUUCUUAAACGAUAUAAAGGCAAAAGGAUGCAAGAAGGAGGAAAGAUGUUUCAAGUUUAAAAUGAUAAUCUGGCUGUUUGUCUUUGUUGCUACCCUUUUCUUAUUUACUGGUGUUAAUGUGGUAUUAAUUUUUUACCCAAUCGCAUCACUUGAAGUUAUAAUGGAAGCGAUAUUGGCGCCAAUUCCCUAUACUCCGACAGCAAUGCUUGUCAGUACAGUUGUAUCUCUAUGGGGAAAUGCUGCAUGGUUUCUACCUGUUGCGGUAUGCAAUGUUUUAACUCAAGCUUUAUCGUACAUCUUUUCUGAGUUUUAUAGAAAUCUGAAACGUCAAAAACAAGAAGGAGUAAAUUUACGAAGCAAAAUAAAAGAAAUUCGUGAAAAAUAUGUUGCAUUGACAACCAUGUGCUCAGAUUUGGAUGAUAUGGUAUCUUGGAUUUUUAUGGUUUCAUAUUUAACUGAUAUCGUCACCAUUUGUUUUAUGUUGAGAACCGCUGUAAUCGAUGUAUCAGAUAUAUAUGGUCGUCUGGUUAUUCUCUUUUGGAUAAUUCCAUCAGGAUUCUCACUCAUAACACUUUCACAUUAUUCCUCCAAUCUAGCAGAUAAGGGUGAAGAAAUGCGUGGUUUUAUUCAGCAACUGGAUGCUACUAACAUAGACAUGGAGGAAAAGUUUGAGGUUGAUUUGCUAAUGUUCCAUCUCAAUUCACAACCUGUCGUUUUAACCAUAUGGAAAAUGAUACCUUUGUAUAAAUCUAUCAUUAUUUCGAUAUUUGUCUGCAUUAUUUCCUACUUUACAAUGGUAAUCAGUUUCUGAACAAAUCUCGAGGGGACAUUUUAUUUAUUAUAACUAUAAAAAUCUAAAGUCAGAUUAUCUUCACUGUAUUUUAAUUUUAGUACACAGAGAACAAAAACGCUUGUUUACUUUUAUGACGUUAUUAUCUUGCCGAAACCGUAUUACUUUCACUUUUCACAUCCCAAGCCGGUAGGAAUUCGGAGAGUGAAAAAUGAGGCCAUUGGCAAUUAUUCUAUUCUGAUCUUCAAAUAAACUGUGAGGAUAUAUCUAUCGUCCAGAAAAUAAAUUUUAAAAUUGCAAAACAAUCAAUCUUUUUCCAUAACCCCUUGCCCUAUCAAAUUCUGUCUGGCAUAACGUAGCAUCGGAUCUCCAUGGACCAUAUAUACUUGACCUAUUUACCUUAGGUCAUGAAACUUAAUUCGAAACUUAAUUAAUAAACAACCAUCACCUAAUACAUUUAAAUUUAGCUAAGGGAAAGCAGGUCAG